CAGCUCCACAUGGCGAUCAGUAAGACCACAGCCAGGGUGGUGGUUGACUGUAAGGUAGUGGGAGGAAAGCCCAUCAACGCGGCUGGCAACAUCAGUAUAGACGGGGUGGAGGUACUGGGACGCAUGGUACGAUCCAGAGGGAAGAGGGACAACUCAGCUCCGUUCCAGAUCCAGAUGUUUGACAUUAUCUGCAGCACGUCCUGGGCCAGUCGAGACAAGUGCUGUGAGCUCCCUGGACUGAGGCUGGAGGAGGACUGUCCUGCCAUGCCCCAUGCCUGUAGCUGUUCUCAGGACAGUAAAGGACCUCCCGGACCCACAGGACCUCCCGUAAAGUCCUACUACUGCCUUUAUUUACCGUCUCAGGGAAUAGGGUGCCCUUUUAACACACCUUUUAACACCAUACAAAAUAAUCCUAGACAGAAAACAACACUCAGAGACAUCAUUUCUCCAGAGAGCUGUCAAGCAGGCAGGAAAAGAGACUCCAGGGGCCGACAGAAGGAAAUCCAAACCAGACUCCAGAUACCUGCCGCCCACCAAAA